UUGAAUAGUAAUGUAGAACUCAAGUUUGUGAAUCCUGUAACAGCUGAGCCGUCUAAUCUUGUUUUGUGGAAUGAAGUCGUGGCAUUGGGCAAAGUCAGACUGAAUCAUGGAUCUGGUUAUUUCCGUGUACAUGAACUGCCAGGUGCACCUUUCGAAGCUUCUGUCACUCCAAAAGCACAAGGAGGCGGUUCACUUCGUAUAGAGGAUCUUUGCGUCAGUGGUGACCCUCUCGAUAUUCCCGUCAAGAUCACCGAUAUCCAUUCACUCGUCAUAUAUGGACCGCAGUUUAUGGAAGUAGGAUCCGAAGCUGAGGUAUAUGUUGACGCAGUCGAUGAAGCCGGCAGCUCUUUCUCUAGAGAUCACGGUGCUCUUUCCAAUGCUGUUAUCGAAUCCGCUGAUCCUGCGGUGCACAUCACCAAGAUUUCCGGGUCGCGUUAUAAAGUUAAAGCUCUUUCUACUGGAGCCGUUUCAUUGACGUCAUCAGCCAAAUCGACCUCUGGUAAAAUCCUGAACGCCCGCCCCCAUACCAUACAAGUGUUCUCAUCGUUUACUCUCCAUCCGCAAAAGAUCACUUUAAUCCCAGAAAGCACGUUCCAGCUGGAAGUCAUUGGUGGACCGCAGCCUACUCCGCAAAUCGACAUUACUCUCAACAACUCACAGAUUGCCAAAGUUGAACCGAAUGCUUUGAUAACCUCAAAGAAGCUU